CAAGGGAGGCGCUUCCACCUCCCAGACCCCCUCCUCCUUCUGCUUUAUCACUGCCUCUCUGCUCUCAGACUCUGCGGUGAACAUUCGUUCUCUGUUCAGAGAGGGACGGUGGCAGUGCCAUGUACAUUGGCAGGGCAGAGCAGGGAAGCACAGCACCUGCUAUGGGGAUCUCUGAGUCGUGCCUUUUUACUCAUGUUCACUUGGCUGUUAGAGCAUUGGCCCAGGGGUUGUGGGUAAAUCUGACUCUCCCAUGUUUUGUGUAGUCAUUUACACCCACAGAAGAGGAGAAGGAAGCACUGGCUCCAAAGAAACUCAAUUUCUUUACACUAGACUUUGCUUGCUUUGCAUUAUGUUUCAAAGAGAGAAAUUACCACACAGACCCCUAAGCAGAGAGCUUCAGACUCAUGCAUUUUUGGUACUGCUGUCAAUAUACAAGACUGCAGGCAGCAAAAUGGACAUUUAGCCUGAUUUGAACUAUCUGAUACAUCAGCAUAAAGCCUGAGUUAAUUGUUUAGGCUCUUCCUUGUGCUAGUAGAAAAAGCUAGGCACUGCUAAGGGGUGAUUCAUGCCACCCUAUGGUAGAUCUGACAGAUAGGCACAGUGACUCACCUCCUAAUAACACUAGGAUGUCUCUACUUGCUGAGGGUUUGCUGAAGACAUCUAACUUAGAGGUGGGUAAACUUAGGUGAGAUGAAUCUUAUCUCAGGAAGUGAUUUCUGCUACCAGCUCUCAUCUUCCUCUGCAAACACUUCCAGUGAAAGCUGUGUGGUGACUUGUGAAGAAAUGUGCUCUUCAGUAUGAAGCAGGAGCCCUGAAAUUAGUAUUGUGAAAUGUCAGUGGCUCUACCCAUGUACCUAUGGCCAGCUCAUAAGGGAGUAACUGUUAGACCUGGAGUGACAACCUGGGGGAUGUCAGGUGUAGAAAACCACCAGUCCAAAUGCUCAGUUAGUUUUCACCCAUGGAGGUUCAAUUACAGAGAUCUCAGUUGUUCCUCUGAACUCCACAUACAAGUUUUAUUUAUACCCGAGGAGAAUUUUGCACUAUCAGAGCAAAGCAGAAUGAUCAAAAUGCCAUAUCAACAUGUAAAACAAAACCAAAACCAAAACAAAACACCCAAACAUUGUAAACAGCACUAUUGUUUAGGAAAUAUUCAUCUCUUAUGACUAUUUUAGAAGAAAAAGAUAUUUCUCUAAUAGCAUUAAGUAUAGCCUUCAUGCACAGGCAAGAUACUUUAUUUUUUCAGACUACCAACAACAUGGAAGAUGUCAGGUAUGCCGUAUCUUCAAAUCAAAUGCACAAACAUACCAGAUGUGAAUAUUCCUAAAUUUCUAACUAUUCAUAAAUUGAAACUAGCUGUCUCGGUAUCUGUUCAGUAGAUCCCAAUCUAAACAAUAUUCCACAAGGGAUCAGUCAGUGAGUUUUAAAGAGGUCUGAGGAAAGUGUUCACAUGCAUAAACAGUAUCUGAUUUGAUUAUUAAGGGUCCCCUCUUAUGAUCAUAUUAAACCACUGAAUAGUUGCUUGUUUGAACUGUUCUGUCAUUGUCAGAAAGCUACCUUCAGAAGUUGAAAUUAAAUAUGUAGAAACUUCUUUAAAAAUAUUGUGCAGAUUUGUACUCACAGUACUGUUGUAACACUGACAGAUAAUAUGGCUUUUGCCAAAUACACAGCACAUUACAGGCCUCUAGUGGUAGAAAUAAAAAAUAUGUAUAUUAGGAUCUAUCUCUGCAACAAUUCCUGAUGCUAGGUAUUCCAAUCUUAAUAAAUUGCAUAAUGCUUUCUGUUUAUAGAUUUGGCCUGCUAGUUUGCUCACUUGAGGGAAAUGGAAAUUCUACAGAGGUCAGAAAUGUCAGUGACAAUUUUCUGUUAAUCUGAAAACCACAAUGAUAAAGUAAACCAGGUUAAAAAGGAGAAAAGUACAUAGUGUAUAGCUCUACUCUUGAUUAAUUUCAAGGGCUAUUUGCAGUGGCCAGAAGAGGCAGAAUGCAAGCCCUCCCUGUGAAUCUGGCAGGUUACAUCCACGCCACACUGUAUAUACUGAGGCUCAAGCCUUACCACUGCUUUUUCUGCCAGGUCUGUGUGUGCACAGAACCCUGCCAGUACAUCUCAAAGUCUGGCCAUUGCCUGGUUGGUAUCAACUCCCUGACAAAUUUACAGGUGUAAGUUGUCCAGCAGCAUCUCCCUUUCAGUCCUUGUGAAGGAGCACAUCAUCCUGCUAGCCUCAUCUGGUAGCAUUUAACACUUCAUGUGCCCAGCACAAAUUUAUUUGUCCUGCACAAAGUACAAGACAGUGAUUAAUCAGCACCCAGAGGGUUGUUUGUUGGUUUGUUUUGGGCGUUUUUUGUGAAUCAUAAAUUUUCACUCUUAAUAAGGAUAAUACUCUCAAACAUAGCUUCAUUUCUGAGAUAAACAUGAUGUGAACUGAUACCUCCCAAGACUAGACUUCUGUACUAUUUCUACUACUUUCUUUCUUCUCAAGCUUAUGUUCAAAUGAUCAGAGAACUGCAGGUGAAGAACAGAAAGAGUGAUUAUUUGGAGAAUGUAAAGGUAAUGAUCCCUGUGUUUCGGAUAGUAUUAAGCAGAAAGUGAUAAUGAAGCUCAAACAGGAUUGAAAGUGUGGGGCAAAAUUAUGUCUGCUUGGCAGAACAGAGAUAGGAAUACCUGCAUAUAUUAAACACUGAUAGUAACAAGGCCAGUGGUUGCUAUACAGUCUCUCUAAAUGGAAGAAUCUCAAAAUACUACAUAAACGUCAGUGAGCUGGUAAGGCUCACAGGUUGCCUGUAAGAAAUUUAGUCCCAUUUUAUAGGAGUGAUAUCAGUGAGAAAGUGAAGAUAAACACAGCUGGCUCACACAGGAAUAACUGAGAGCUGUGGGCUGUAGUGGACUGGACUGACAUGGUAUAACCAGGAAUGCUUCAAUCUUAGCAUUUUACUAUAUUUUUAAGGGAGUUAAUGGUUUAUUAAACAUUGCUGAUAGGAGUGCUAUAUGUAAAAAAAGUGAGGAGUGUCAGAAGUGAUUGAAGUUAGAUAAGUUAUUCCACCCUUUUUUCCACUUAAGUGUUCUUUAUUGGAUGAUGGGAUUCGUCGUCGGUCAUUGCAUUUUAGUGAAGAAUUAGGCAAAUUUGAGAGGCGUCAGAAAGGAACAACUAGAAUGCUUAUAUUUGGGUAAUAAAGAACUGGGGAGUAAAACUUACGCAGACUGGAAAGGGUCUUUCUGGAAGGCAAGUGACUAAGGGGAUGUAUAAGCAGAAUCUACAUCAAAAUCUCUGUAUGACCACAGGCCAUGAAAGAAGUGAUGGCAGAAGAAGGUAAAAUUCUGUUGAGGUAGGCAUUUAAGUCAGAACGUCAUAUUUGGAAGCUAAUGUGUUACUGUAAGAUGCAUUCUCUUGUGCUUAAAUUGCUUUAGAUUCUCUUUAUCUCUCCUUAUCAGGCAGGGGAGGAAGAAUCUAUGUUCUUGAAGUUUGUCUGGUAGAGUAAAAAAGAACCUGCUCAUCCUUUCAGACACUCAUUUAUUGCUUUCUUUUGGCUUUCCCUGUUACGCUCCCCUAUCCUGUCUAUGUGACAUGUGAUUUGUACCAUUUUGGUACAAAUAGCAACAACAUUUAUCAAACAUUCCCACACAUGACCCACAGUUAAAUUCUAGCAAUCUGCAGCCACAAGCUUGGAAACAAUCUCUCUUCACGUUACCUAUAUUCACACACCUGUUCAUAGCUAUAUUUAAAGACAAGUUUAAUGUCUUCAGCUUCUUUCCAGUGAGAUGAAAUCAUAGCCAGUUCAGGAAAUUCUGUGGGAGAAGGGAAAAGCCCCACCAUACUAUUCAGUAGUACUUGGUUAUGCUAAAAAAAUUACUUUGUUUUGCCCAAUAGCCCAGUUGCAGGGUAUCCUGCCAUUAUUGCUAAGAUGGCGCACACCAACUUUUUAAACAUUGUUUUUGCAGCAGAUGCAGCUGCUUAAUGUUCCCAAGUACAGCAAAAGAGACUGUGAUGUCUGAGACAUGAAUAAAUGCUCCGGGCUACAUGGAAAAAAAAAAAAAAAAGAUAAUAAAAUAACUGGCAUUAGUCCCCGGUCCACAACCGAGCCCUGGCAUCUAUGGCUGACUUCCAGGUAGCUCACAGGGGAUUAAUGUUUGCCUGAGAUCUACAUGAUCUCUCUGAUAAUCCAUCUAACUGACACAAAAGGAACUGAACAGAAUUGAUUCCCUGAUACUGCUGAGGGGCAGGCUAUUCUGUUAAUUUAAGACUACAAUUGGUCUAUCACCCUUAUGACUAAUCAGUGCCUCUCACAGGGGUGGAAACCUUCUUGUCUGCCCUUCACUGCUGAGUAAAUUCUCUUGCUGUAUCACCAGCCUCCUAGAAUAUGACUGCAAGUACCCUGAUGUCACAUGACUUCAUCACCUUUUACUGUGGCAGCUGUUGUUUGGUUAAGCUGUUACUCCUGGGGAACAAGGCGGGGCAGGAGAGGCUGUGAAAUCCUGAAGUGAAUCUAUUUGUAAGUGGGGUGGGAGGGGCCUACUGAUGAAUUAUGUGGAGGGCAAUUAUGGCACUGCACAAACGAGCCUGAUGACUAAUUAUGCUGGCAACAUGCUUUCACUUAUGAGAGCCCUAAAUGCAUACCUAGCAUACAAUUUUGCAGGGAGCAGCAGGAAACCUUUAAAUCUGUGCUUCUGCUUUACCUACUUAGUACAGAGGUGGAACUAUCAACCAUCAGCAUAGUUUUAGAAUCUGAGUGCACAAUCUCUUUAGUCUUAAGGAAGCCCAUAAAUGAUGUGAACACUUUUUUGCAAAAACAGGUCUCUUUUUUUUAGCUGCUACAAAGUUGGUGAAGGGUUUGGAGAGGAAGCCAUGUAAGGAUCAGCUAAAGUCACUUGGUUUGUUCAGCCUGGAGGAGACUGAGGGGAGACCUCAGGGUGGCUAUAACUUCCUCACAAGGGGAGGAGGAGGGGCAGACGCUGAUCUCUUUUCUUUGGUGACCAAUGACAGAACCCGAGGGAAUGUCAGGAAGAUGUGCCAGGGGAGGUUUAGCUUGGACAUUAGGAAAAGGUUCUUCACCCAGAGAGUGCUGGAGCACUGGAACAGGCUCUCCAGGGAGUCAGUCAUGGCCCCAAGCCUGACAGUGUUCAAGAGGAGACUGGACAACAGCCUCAGACACACGGUGUGAACUGUGGGGUUGUCAUGUGCAGGGACAGGAGUUGGACUCGAUGAUCCUUAUGGGUCUCUUCCAACUCAGGACAUCCUAUGAUUCUUUAUAUCAUUAGUUUGGCCAUUGCUAGCUCUACAGUCAUUAUAUCAUGUUUUAAUUGUCUAAAUCUCCUCAUGACAGAAAGUCAUUUGAAAGGCUUCUUUGAUGUGUUAGACAUGGAGGGAACAAGUUGUACACCAUCCAUUUUUUAACAAACAGAUGAGACAAAGGUAUGUGAUCUGCAUACUCAGAAACAGUCUUUCAUUCCAAUGUCAGUGUCUGCUUUGUACUGCAUUGUCUCUCCUUUGGCAGAGAUAAGCAUUUUCUUCACAGAAGGGUAGUGUGUUGACUUCCAGUUAGGAGUAUAUGCUGUUAUUAAGAGUGCUUCUUAUACUGGUGUAUAGAAAAUUGUGUUCCAACACACUGGAGGGCAACAAGAACAAAACCGCAAGCCCAGGAAUGUGUACUGUCCCAAAUGGAUCAGUUGCAAACUUCUUACAGUAGUUAAGACAGGAAGGAAGGCUGAAGUAUAUUUCAGCUUGAAGUGUACUGAGCUACCAAAGUAGGAUUGCUAGUCCACAUCAUCACUCAGGAUUUGGCCUAUAGCCUGCAAAUAUGACAAGACCUCUGGCUAUAGGCUAGGUUAACUUUCCCUAGUACAUAGUGCUAUUGCAGGGGAAAGGAAACGAGUAGGUUUCCCAUUGCGUGUACUGCAGCAGGAGCAGAGAGUAUUCCUGUGUGUUCCUCUGGCUAAUUUGUUGUCACCUUUAUGAGGACUGUACUAGCCAACAGCAACAGUGCUAUUAAUGAUGCUUCCCAUGAACAUAUUGUCUUUUAUCUGAAGAUCUCCAAGCAUAUGUAAACAGUAAUUAAGCUUCAUAACACCUCAGGGAGUUACAAAGGAUUCACGUCACUCAGUUUCACAGUGCAGCUCUGCAGCCGUUUGACUGCAUGUGACCUUGCUAGUUACUGACUGAUUCACCAUUAGCCUAAGGAACCUGUCAGGUCUAGAGUCACAACUGCAUCCUUUUUCUGCUAUAAAAUGAGGGGGAAUAGCAUAUUUAUUUUUUUUUCCCCAGUGAUCUUCCACGUUGUUUUCAUUGCUGUGAGGGCAGUGCAUGAAAUCCAGAUGAAGUCCUUCCCAGUCAGGAAGUUGCUACCCUUUCAGUUUGAAGGAAGGUGUGUUGCUUCAGUAAAGAUUUCACAUCACUGUUCCUUUUGUUAUGAGUUAUGUUAACUCAAAGCAAAGUCUUCUAUUUGACAUAGGCUAUGCACAGAUAGAGAUUAAGGACAUGCUAUAACAAAACUGAAUCUUUUUUCUAUUGCAAAUGUAAGGCAAUUUCAGGAAGGUAUCUGCUGUUUUCCAAACAUUAAUUGCAUCAGAAGAACAGAGAUCAGAACAUUGUGUACUACCUAUUGUCUACACAAUCCACCAUUAGAAGUUGGAAAGUUGAAUUGUUCUCUUUCUGGCUCCUAGAAAUAUCUGUUCUACUUGGCUUCCAGAUCACUGGGAGCAGAUAGAUCAUUAAAGGAGGAAGGAGGAUUUUGCACCCUCAAUUUUUAUUGCUACUAUAAUUACUUUGAUAGUCACUGCAUGGGGAAUUGUACCCUGCAGAUCUUGCAAUCUGCAUGUUAGACACAAUCAAGUGUUUAGCAGACAUGGACAGGAUAAAGGUAGGAGUAAGCAACAUGGGAAAAUGAAGUGGUAAGGGCUAGGGAGACAUCCUGGUUUGGCAGUUGCCUGUUGACCACCACAUGCCAGCGAUUUGCAGGCAUAAUUAGAGUGAAAGAUUUGAAGAUGAAAAAGAGUGAGACAAUAGCCACACCCAUUUCUGUGGGGAGGUUUCUCCAGGUGUAGGGCUGAAACAGAAGGGGAAGAAAAUACGUUGGCAUCACAGAGAGAUUUAGGUAAGACAAUUUGGUAUAGACAUCUUUGCAUUGGGAAGAUGAUAUGGGUAUCUGCCAGGCGAACAAGAAAAGGGAGAGAUGUCUUAGACUUUCAGAAUCCUUAUGAGGCUGACAGAUGUUGAUGUGGUAAUUCAGAAUGCCCAUUAUUUGCUUCUAAUGCCAGCAUUUCAAUUACAACAGCAUCCUCUUUCCUAUAAUGGGAACCCCAGUUAUUUGUAGGUGGCUUGCACAAAAUCUGUGUACCAUUUGUAUCUCUCUCCAGCCUCUGAAAUAGCAUCUAGUGUGACUGGCACGUUUGAUCAGCUAUGUGUGCAUAGUGGAGAAAUAUCCGAAGGUAGGGUACAGGCAGGAAAAAAAAUCCCUUCUCCAAUGGCAGUGGAUGCUCAGUGGUAAGUACUAUUAUGUACUUAUCCUUCAAUAGGAACAGCUGGUCAGAAUUAAUUUCUCAGUUCAGUGCCAUUGAUUGUUUUGUGUGGGAAUGAAAUGGAAGAGGAAAAUUCUCAAAAGAACUCAAACAUUCAAGUAUUACAAAGAGAGAGGUUUAUAAAGGUUUUGUAUUACCUUAAUUUUGGAUUAAAAAAACAAUAGACAGGGGUCAUCAUUCCAAAGCAGACAGCCACAGCACUGUAGUCUUAUGUGGAUACUGCACUAGUUGCAGCACCAAUUAAACAUAUGUUCUACCCAUGGCUCAGGUAUAUUGUAAAUACUAGGAGGUCUGCUUUUGGAGACCCAUAUGUUAUUUAUAUCAGAGGCUUUGAACAAGCUAGCUCAUUCUGUGUGCUCUGUAGAGCUCUAGGACUAGAACAAUACUCCUGGCAUCCACUGGGUUGGGAUUCUUCCUUCCAGUUUUACUGCCCUGAUUCAGAGUUCAUUGUCAGUGACUCCUAUAACAAAUGAAAAGUGAGGGGCAAGUCCAGAGGGCAACUCCUUUCUAAGACUGACAUCAAAGUUACAGCAGAUAAGUAGGUUACUAGAAAAUCCUAUUUCUCUGUGUAACUAUUUCUAGGUCCUGAAUUCAUCAGUUUGAAACUGGGCAUGUAAAACUAGAUGAGAUAAUCCCCAACCUAAUGUCCAAAUGAAAGCUCAUCAGUUCCACCUUUGUUAUCACUACCCCUAAAUGCUGCAAGUGCUCUUUUUGUUUGCUUGGUUAGUUGGUUUUGUUAGUUUCUUUUAAUAGGAGGCUGUUAUUACCUGAUUGGUCAAGACAUAUUUUUCAGCUCAUUUCUGGGAGGUUUUUGAAUGGUGUUUGGGAUCAGCAUUAAUUAAUUUCUUACCAAUCAUAGUCCAAUUUUGAAACAAUACUGAUUCAAGACAUGAUGAAUGGUUAGUAGAUUUUGAGUUGAAAGUCAAAGGUUUCUGAGUUCUCUAGACCUAGCAGUUGUUUGGCAAUGUGCUUUUGGAGACAGGGCUGUUUCAGACUCCUACAACGAAGACUGAUGCUUGGUCAAAAAAGCACAUAAUGAGAGAAGAUUCUUACCUCAAAGAACUGGUCAAGUAAGUAGUCCAGACUGACAAAAGAUGGGUGUAGAAGCAAAGAAGACUCAAUUCAGAUGCCACUACAUAGGUAUCUAGUGCCACUGGAGAUGCGUUACGAUCGCUCUGAUAUCCAUGUGGAGCUCACAGAUUCGGCACAGAACCUGCAGGAGUCUUUUGCCUACUGGAGCCUGAGAUACCUUACUGAGAUACCUACUGGAGGUGAGAUACCUUAAGGUACCCUGAAUGUCAUAGGUUCCUAUGUGUGGGCAGCUGAAUCAGUCCUUAGAGUUGCCCUAAGUAUAACAGGAGCUAAAUCAGAUGUAUACACUUGUAUUUAGACACCUAAAUUGAAGUGUCUUGUAAGGUGAUUCCUACCUGAAAUCACUUACCCAAGAUCACAAAGAUUCUAGCCUCAGAGCCAGAGGUAGAGCCCUGGUUUUGCACCCAAAUGGGCACAACUUGAUUCAUAUGGCUGUACACUAACUGCAGGUCACCUUCACCACGCUCCUGUGAGAUAGAUAGGCAAGUGUUCCUUCUGUUUUAUAGAUUUGGAAAUUGAGGCACAGAGUGGCUGAAUGACUUUUCUGAGAUCACAGAGUAUGCUUCAUAUAUUGUAUGCUUCAUAUAUUGUAUGCAGAAUAAUUGAACUGAAAAAUCUAUGCUGGCAAAAUUAAAAUCCUGGUUUUUUAAGGCCAUAAUGUGCACAAGAGCUGCUGUAAACUUCCAGUCCUAUGCAUAGUGACAGGCUACUCAGUACUUCUAACAAAACCUUUCUUCCUGUGAUCUGUGUUAAACCUUCCAAUAUCUGUGCAAUUGUUUGCAUGGUGUGAGAGGCAAAAGGAGCUUCUUCCUUCAGUUGCUUCACUGUGCAUCUUAAGGGCUUCUGUUUGCUCUAAAAAGAAAUGUUUGGAUUUUUUUCAUGCACAAGAGUUUUGUGGACUAGACCCAAACAUACUGAAAAGUUUGGUUAGGUUACCAGAGUGUUUUAAUUAUGGUUGAUUGUCACCUGAAAUCACUGAUUUGCUCCAGAAAAAAUAUAUGAGCUAGUAAUCUCAUAUUAGCAAAACAAACUGAGUCAUUCAAUUAUUAUUCUGCAGGAAAUUCUAUUGCUGUAAAAACAUCUAUUAUUACGUUACCCGUUGAGAGAGUACUCAUAAAAACAGCUGCUAUUUAUUUCUGUUGUUAACAAUUGAAAUCUGAUGUGAUUGUUAAAGAGUAGAGAGCAGGGGAGAUUAUAUAGACCUCCCUCAACAAAUAUGCUCAUGAAGAUGCCAUUCCAGAAGUCCAGAGUUUUCUUUGGGGGCCAGUCUUGCCAAGGAGCAAAGUAGUGCUUCAUCUGCUGGUAGUGCUAACAGUAUGAUCCUGUCCUUGGACUUCUCAUAACUUAGGUACACUCACCCUAAGACUUACGUUAUCCAAUAAGUGGCUGUAGACUUUGUGCAGCAAAAGUGCAGAUGUUGAUAUGAGCUGCAUGAGAGAUUCGGGGGUUUUUGCCUUUCUUCCUGGGCUGUGGCAUUUGCAGCUAUGACAUUUACAUCUUAUUGAAGCCUUUCUAUGCCUUCAGCAACCUCCAUGCCAGAUGAAGCUGAUCAGGAAAGGGCCACCUGAGAUAUAUACUGCCAACUGGUGGUGUGCAUCUUCUUUUGGACUUCAUCCCUGGUCAGGUGGCAUGAGUUUCAUACGUAAGUUACAAGUAAUUUGAAAUACCUGCAUAACAAACCCUACAUAUGAAUAUCUGCAUGCACAAAACACUUGAGAGGUUUGGUUCAGUUAAACUGCACAUGAAGUGGAUUUGAUGUCAUUCAGGUUUUCCAAGGGCCAGGUAUACGCAAGUUUUAGAAGGUAUCUGGCCACCUCAGAUCUUAAAAUGUAUACUGCUAGUUAAGGUUGUGGUGCCUUAACUGGUUUGAUAGUCUAUAAUCCAGCCUGAUAUUCCUGCUGCUAUUAUUCAGUGUUUUAUUAAUUUUAGCAGGCUGGCGAUAUCACUUAAGCAUGUGUUCCACUGAAGAAGAGAUCUCGUCUUUCACUGCUUUCACUAUCACCCCGUGCAUCCCUGCAGUUUAGAAGCUGAUGAAGAAAGUCAGCUUGCUUGAUUGGAAAACUUAGUCAUUUUUUUUCAGGCAGGUUUGGUUUUGCGUACUGGUGUGGUAUGAGCAUGGCUCACUGUGAAAGUGAACUUCAAUGGGAAAUCAAAUCUGAGAAUUACCUGCCCUAGAGGGCUUGGCCUGGAUUCAGUGAGUAACUGAGAUAAUAACAUACUAAUGUCUUAAAGAUUGGAAAAGUAAAAAAUAGGUCUUAAAUUUGAUGUAACAGCUUGAUUAACAGCAGGAAGCAGUUGCCAUUUUUCAAGCAAUUUCAUCUAUAGUAAAAUAAACUUUUUGGAUGGCUAAGUAUUUUUGGUCUCAGAGAGUUAAUUACAUUGCUCGCAGCUACAAAGAGCAUUGCUACAAGAGCUGAGGUUAGAACCUAUUAGGUUUUGGACUUCAGAUGUGAACCACAGUACAUCUCCUUCAUAUGAUGUGUAGAUAGAAAAAACAAAGCACACAGGCCUGUCAAAUCUAAUAAGCCUUUGUUGCAUGUUGAGAGCAUCAGCAUGACACAGCCUGGAUAUCCAGAUGAAUCUGGCCCACUACUCCUUGUCUUUCCCAAGUAUUGAAACAGGUCUGUUUUGUUAAUUUGUGCUUUUAAUAGUUUCAUUUGGGUGGAACAGCAAUCAGAGGACUAAAUAACAAGAUCUGCAUUAUCUAGAAGCUCUCAGAAUCAUUUUACUGUUGAUAUUUGUUAUUGACAAUGAUUUUGUGGCAAACACCCAUGUUAUAAGCAGGAGAUAUUCAGGUUUUUAAAAAGCUGGAACAUACAAUCUUUUAAAUCUCUCACUGACCUGUCUGAUUUGUCACAUAUUGUACAUAACUGAGUUGCUUACUACUAUGGCUGUAAUCUAUGUUGCUGCAAAACCCUCUUUUCUUGACAAGUCACUGAAUGAAAAAUCCAGUUCCCUUUGGCAUUCAGAGCUUCCCUAAUCAGUGAAGGUGCAAUUUUUUUUUUUUCUGCUGAGUUUUUGAUUAAUCUGAAAGCCCCAAGGGCUCUUGUGUGGAGUCCCCACAGAGUUGCCCUCACAGCUGUACUGACAUCCAUCAAAGGACACUCAUUCUUGGAGUGUAAAAGUACCAUGUUACUGAUGUCAUGCCUCCAUCUGCCAGCUGUGCUAGUGAACAUCUGCAACAGUACCACUGGGAAUACUUCAGGAACAGGGCAGGUUUUAAAAAAUGGAACAUGCUUCAUGGUAUUUUUUUUUUAUUUCAGUUUACAUGAACAAUAAAAUACUUUGGCCCAAAUGAAAUGUUUUUGUGAAAAUUGACUUCAUCUGCAUUUUUUUCACCAGGGAAAAAAAUUUUGAUGGGAAAGUAUGUGUCUGUAAUUCUGAAUCUCACACGUCAACACAAAUAGCUCAGCAAAAAUUACUUAAAGUUGCCAGAGAGGACUAAUAAAAUACAGUCCCAUCUACACAUAAAACACAGGUAGAAACGGCUGGUCUGAUUUAUUACUGCCAUUGAUUCACACUGAUAAAUCACUGAACCUUUUUAAGGACUUGGACACCAAAACUUUAGAAACAAAACCUGUUAGUUAGUGAGCAAUUACAGACUUCUUAUAAAGGGCCUUUAUAGGAAGCUCUGCAAAAAAAAUGGUAUGUAAAGUUAACAAUUAUUGUCUCUCUGAACCUGAGUUAAAAACAAAGUGGAUUUAAAACAAGACCAAAAACAAAACAAAAAAAAAAAUCAAAAAACCCCACAAACAAACAAAAACCAAAACCAAACAAACAACAAAAAACAACCAAGCAAAAACAACAAAAAAACAAACCCGCUAAUGAAUAUGACAUCAAAGAUCAGUCAAACCUUCUCCUAAACUGAGUUGUUCUUCUGACCUCCUGACCUUCAAAAUGCGAAGCCUAGACCCUACAUAACCUUUUCCAAAAGUAUCUGUUUACUUUCCUUCAUAGUUUCCACCAGUCAUGGAAACACAGUAACUGUCCAGCAGCAUCAACAAGAAACUACCAUCACAUGGUAUGUCUAAUUAUCCUGCUUUGAAAAGCUAAUCUUUGGUGUUUUGCUUGUCACGUAUCUGGUGACAAACACAACACAGUAGUACAAGAUAUGAUGCUACCCUCUUUUUUCAGAGUUCUUCUAAUAAACUGUACCCACUGGGAAAGUAAGAGGGCAUAUCUACACCCCAGGUGACCAAGCAGAACCCCAUCACCAGGUUUUGUGUUACUUCUUGGUGGCUCUGCAUUGGUACCUCCACACAGGACUGCAUCACAUAUACUGCAAUUACUGACUUGAGCCACUGACAACUAAGGCUCUCUGUGUUUUUCCAUUCUGUGGUUGCUGGAGAUGACAGAGGGGGAAACUUGGUAUCACUUUCAAAUCCCUCAACAUUUUUCCAUGCAUGUUUACAAAUAGUAAAUGUGACUCCUCCAGGGAUUGAGUCUGGACAUGAGGGGGUGACUCCAGCUGAGUUUGCUCUGCCUUCCCUGAGUGAGUGGGUAGGUGGUCCCACUGUUCUGUGCUCCCUCUUUUUGUGAUUUGGACUUAUUUUGAGCACACAAAAGGCUCGUUGACAGCUCCUUAUGAUGGACUGAAGGAGUGCUCCAAACAGACUUUUUUCCAGGGUCUUGUCCUGGGAUGUUUCCUCAUCUUUUACUGUUUGAAAAGCUGUCAUGAUGUGUCCUGAAGAAACCUGCAGAAGAAACGUUGGCCUGAUUCCUACUUGGCCAGACUCCCAAGCAUGACACUAAAAGUCAGUGUUCACUCCUGUGGAAUCCCAGUUCUCUUCCACAUUUGUUUUCCUCCUCUUCUCAGUCCCCUAAUCUGAUAAAUCAUGUGGGGAGAGGCAAGAGAGGGAGGGGGAGGAGUAUGUGAUGUAACCUCCACCCUGGCAAAGUUACAAGACAACACCACAGUGCCUGCAGCUCACAGUGGUUUUAUAGUGGGAAACUCUGAAUUGUGCUACAUUCUUCAGAGGCGUGAAGAUCCACCGCAUCUGUGUGAGAUCCAGCAGGUGACAUACUCACCUUCAGUUGCGGAGAAGAAAGCUGAGCACAGUGUCUGCUUAAUGACACAUGCUCUCUCAGCUUCUUGUUUUGCUGCUUGCCACGUCCGCCCAGAGUGAAAGGAGCAUACAGCUGAGGACAACCCUGAACAAAGGGAGGCUAGAAGCCGGCUGCACCUCUGGGGUGAGCUUCCAAAUGCCAUCGAAAAGGUCUCUCUGCUAAAGAAAAGAAGAGAAGAGGAGGAGCAUCAUAUUAUAUAUGAGUAUUCUACUUUAAUAUACUAUAUUAUUGAAUUCAUGCAAGAACUUGUGAUGGCUUCAACCUGGGAGAAAACUAAGGAAUUCUACAACUGGGUCCUUGAAAGUGGAGAUCCAAGGACAGACUCAUGGUUUCUGGUCCACUCUCCACUUCCAGUCACGUUUCUCUUUGCCUCUUACCUUUUUGUCGUGGCUCUGGGACCCUUCUACAUGUGUCAUCGGAAACCACUGAAGCUGCGAGGCCUACUGAUUGCCUACAAUCUAGCCAUGAUGACAUUAUCAAGCUACAUGUUUUACGAGUUUCUGGUAACUUCAGUCUUGGCCAACUACAGCUACCUGUGCCAGCCAGUGGAUUACAGCCGAAGCGAACUAGGAAUGAGGCAGAUGGCAAGAGUGUGUUGGUGGUUCUUCUUCUCCAAAGUCAUCGAGCUGCUUGAUACGGUUUUUUUUAUCCUGCGCAAGAAACAAGAACAGGUGACUUUUCUGCAUGUGUACCACCAUGGGACUAUGCUGUUCAACUGGUGGUCGGGGGUCAAAUAUGUGCCUGGAGGACAAGCCUUCUUUAUUGGGAUGCUAAACUCCUUCGUACACAUCUUCAUGUACGGCUAUUAUGCCCUGGCCAGCCUGGGACCACAGAUGCAUCGUUACCUAUGGUGGAAGCGUUACCUAACCAUCAUGCAGCUGUGCCAGUUUGUAGCCAUUGCUGUUCAUUCUUCCUACAACCUCUUCGCCGAAUGCCCAUUCCCCGAUGGCUUCAACAUUGCAGUCUUCCUCUACAUCCUCAGCCUCAUUGCUCUCUUCCUACACUUCUACUAUUGGACUUACACUAGGGGAAAGAAGGAGAAACUAACUUAAAGAAAAUCAAAGAGGAGAGUCAGCAUGGUCUGAUGAACUUGCACAUUCUCUACUGCUUGUAACAUGGUUGCAUGAAGAAAACUUAUUUCUGGACUAUGUGUGAGGCUCUUGUAUGCAGAGUCAUGGUUGCCUUCAAAUAUUUCAAGUUAGGAAGAAAAGAGUGAUGAUAUAAACUCAGGGAUUAAGGUAUUGAGGAGCACAUUUAAUUGCCAAGCCAAGUAGUCAUCAACGUAGCGGCCUUUGUGAGAUAAGCAUCAGAAGAUCUCCUCCUUUCCUUCUGUCUGUUAGCUCAGUUUGCAAGGUCUAGCAUCCAACCAUGGCUCAUUUUGUAGGAUAACAGAGGGUUUCUUUGCAUUCAUAAGACUAUCUCAGCUUAUCCUUCUAGAUCAGGCAGCGUCAGGUACCUCCAGACUGAAAGCAGUGCUCAGGUAACAGUAGCAGCCAGGAACUCACUGGUACUGCAGGAGGCACUCACCUAUGCACUGCAUCGCAGCCUUUCCUGCUCAGAAAGCUCCCACUGGGACUGAGGUGAAUGACAGCUGUACGGCUCUGAUGUUCUAACUUUAUAUCAGCAUAAACAUGAAGGAAACUAAGUUUCUAAGUAAGAAGGUAAUGCAGUAGUUAUCAUCAUGUACCAUUUUCUGGAAUACUUGUUUGUCUUUUGUUUCUUACAUAACAAUAGAGAACUUUUAAUGCAUGAAAACUACUUGGCAUUGCUCCUUAUAGAUGCUGUUUUUUAAAUAGAAAUAAUAGAUUGAGGUUCCCUAUUAAUAACUUCUUUCCUCCAAUUCGUUGUUGUUGUUAUUAUUAUUAUCAUCAUUUGAAAAUUUUCCUUCUCAUCAAAGAUUAAGUUUUACCUCACAAUAAGCAACCUUCUCCACUACCAACUUAUCCAAGUAUUAAUAUAAAAUAAAAUAAAAUAAAAUAAAAUAAAAUAAAAUAAAAUAAAAUAAAAUAAAAUAAAAUAAAUAAAAUAAAAUAAAAUAAAAUAAAAUAAAAUAAAAUAAAAUAAAAUAAAAAUUUGUUGGCUAGUGUAAAGCUGCAUAGCUCCAUUACCUUUAUCAUAUCACUUAUUGGCUCCUUUUUUGGUCUUAAAUCAACUGCAAAUAGUUUUUGGCACUUAUAUUCAUCUACAGACAGUUAAAUACUGUUAAAGUUUUGAUAUGGUAGUGCUUUGAAAAUGCUAAAUUCAGGUUUUAGACUAAAAUGUGGUGUUUAUAUACUGCAGUCUACCUUUGUUGAUUAGAACUAUUAUUAUGAAGCAGUGAUUCGUUCACAGUUGAAACAUAAAACUCUUGAAGGAGAAUAUUAGAAUUAUUGAAUUGGAUGACUUACCACUGCCAAGACAAAUUCACCUCAAAAGUAAAGAAGUUUUAACUCCUCUAGGAAUGUCCAGAGGAUUAGAUGCUAGCCUCAACCUGGCAAAUUGGUGCACACAAAAAAAAACUUUAUGCUCCAUACAAACCUGGAGUUUAGUGGCAAUGCAAAAUAAAUGCAACUUGUUCAUUGUCAGUCUGUGUUCAUAUAGUCUCUCUUCUCAUUUUCACUGGUGAGUAUGAAAAGCAAGGCAAGGCUUAUUUCACAUCUAUCUAUGUGCUAGCUGUUUUUCUUCAAUCCAAAUAUUUCUCCAUGCUGCUUAAAAUAUAAAUAGUACUCCUGUUUACUAGAAUGCUACUUUUGUUAAAGCUUUAAAUAAUAAGCCUCUGGGUGGGUCAUCUAUCCUUUAUUUUGUAAGGCAGGAAAAAAAAAUAUGCCGUGUAUCUAACACACUUUAUUCAUGUUGAGGGUUUCCCCAGAGGCCACCUCAGCAUUGAAGACUUAGUGGAAGUAAAGUCAUUUCAUUACUCCUGUCCAUUUAAUGAUGCCCUUAUGGCUUUAUCCUGCUUAAACCAUCAGUACAUUUGGGCCCCUAGUUUCAAGGUACAGCAUACUUUCCUCCAGCUGGACAAAUUAGCUGUGCUUACAAAGAAACCUAAUGAAUUUAGCUCUUUUCCCUGUAUGUGAGGGGAUCAUGGGUAGGUCUCAACUUCAGUUUCCCCUCACAUAAACUUCUUAAGGUUGUAGGUACUAAUUUCAAGGGCUUCACUAAUAACUUUAUACCAGAGUAAGCAUCACAUAUUUUGAUUUUCCUUGAUUCAUUCAUAAUUCUUGACUGCUUAAAAAUUAGAAAUUAGAAGGAAAUUUGGAUGAGAUUAAUCCAAUGUUUCUGCAAAUCCACUGCUUUGAAAGACAGAUAAAUUAGUAAACAUGUCAUUUAACUUUUUUUAAGUAGCCUAUGAAUUUUGUGUCUGUGUAUAAGAGAUCUUAUAUCAAUGGAUUCUGGACUGUGACUGGCCACACCACUGGUAACAAUUUGCCUGCAGAUAACUUGAAAUAAGUGGCUGAUCACCUAAUUCACACACCACCAUAACUAUUUGUCCCAGACAUGCAACCUUUGAUCUAUCUAUUACUGUCCCUCUUCCUCACAGCCCGAGUGAGCGGCCUGAUCUUGCACUUUUGAACUGGUAAGAGCUUUUUGUCAUAUGGCCAUAGGGUGAAAAUGAAGUAUUUUCAGUUGGGUAAUAAGCAGGAAUCAAGUUUGCCCAGAAACACUGUGCUUUGGAUGGUAUCGAGUACAGCCAUUACAAAAGCAUUGAUGUAAACAGAAUCCAUUUGUGAGUGUACUUGCACUAGCAGUGAGGAUAAAAUUGCAUAGAUAUAUCUGUGUGGCUCUGCAGGUCUUGAUUCUUUCCUCCUUUCGACUGCACUCACUUGUCUUCAUUCUUUUGUUUUAUAACGGGAUAUCACAGUUUUCACUGUCCACUUGGGGCAUCCUGUUGUGACAGAAGCAAAAACCUGAGAGUAGAGGUACAUGCUCCUGCAAUUUCAAAGAGAAUAAAAGCACAGAAUGAGAUUUCCCCUUUAAGAACACAUCCCUCGAGUUAAGGAUUACACCAGGAUAAUGCACUGUUAGGUCAAAAAGACUGGAAAUUAUACAUUGCAAGUUUGGAUGAUUCAUGCUGUCUGGCAGCAUCCAAAGCUUUGAGGGUGAAGUGAAAAUAUCCUGUCACAGCUGGAUUUAUAAAAACCUCUGGGCCAAAAGCUGAUUCCACCAAUAUCAACGACAAAGCCUGCAGAUUGCACUGGAAACAAAAUGGCACAGCUGUGUGAAAAAACAGUGCACUCAGCUACAUGGCCUCCUUAGCAUUUGAGCAGAUUGUAGUGUUAUUUGAGCUUAAUACAUGACUUUUAGGGGGAGAAUUGUGUGCAGGUCUCCCCGUUAUAAAAUGUGUGUCAUUAUGUGUUCUCAGAGUAGUUCACAUUCACAAGAUGUAAAGCAUAAUGCAAGUAGUCUCUUUAAAUGAAUAAGCUUGAUAUCAUUAGUGCUCAGCAUCUUUCCUACUAUUCAAGUCAAUGUAAAUUAUGGAUGUUCUGAUCAAAUUACUUUUGAAUUAACCAGACCAUUUACUCAAUGCUUACUUUCUCUCUGAAGAUAAACGACAGGGAUUCUCAUUUUAAUCAAAAUAAAAUGCAGAAAAGAAAAUCAAUUACAUGUUUUUUCCAUUAGUGUGUGAUAGUAAGUUUCCAGAGGAACCUGGACUUAAAAUUGCAAAACAAUAUAAAAUGCAGGAACAUAGCUGGGUUUUAAGUACUGGAUUUAUAUAUAGAUACUACCAGAAAAUAUGGCAGUGUAUGGUUUUUAAAAACGGCAGAAUAAUUACUCUAAACAAUUAAUUAAGCAACACUAGAAUACAGUAGUUUACUUUGUACAAUAAAUAAAAAUCUGUUGAUCCAGAUGUAAAACACCUCCAAGCCAAACACUAAAAAAGAUCAGCUGACCCUAUAUAUAGAACAGUGUGAAUUUGCUGAAUUCAUUAAUUAAUAACUUCAUGGAUUAGACCUUGAGAGAUGGAGUGCUCACAUCCAGAUGUUUACUGUGAUUUGUCAAUGGCCUUAUACUUAAUCCUCCUGAACAGGAAAUAAGAGUCUUUUCUCUGAGGUCUCCCUUGGGGACUGUGGCAGUCUCUCUCUCUGGCCUGAAUCAUCUCAACACAGGAUCAGACUGCUGGGGAAUUAACCAAGUGGAGGAGGCACAGAUUUGCUUUUAACCCCUUUGGUUUCUUCUGGGCUUGAGACUGACUUCCUCACCAUCUGCCACGAUGGGAAUGUUAUUUGCUCAACACAUGGAGAAGAAAAAGUGUUCACGCAUGUAGAGCAAUAAGGCACAACUGUGGGGUCACUGUCGCCAUCAAAGGUGUCAAAAGCAGACAUGUCUAGUCCUGCCACCAGUGAGUGAAAGCGCUGUGGGCAGAUCAAGCCUCUAGAUGCUGGUGUAUGUCUCUCCACAUUUCAGCAUCGCAUAUUUAAUUUGGUGAGGCUGCAGCUCCACAGUCACUGUCAGUAAUAGGGAUGGCCCAAGCAGGAAUAUUUGUGAAAAGAGGUGCCCAAGGUGUCUGUAGUCAGGUAUUCCAGAGCAUGUUCAGUGUGUCUGUGGGGAGGUAGAUGAAUGCAGCCUCUGCAGGCUACCCCCAUGGCUUGCUCCUUAACAUGCGAGGCCCCAUAUGUAAUGGGUCACUCAUUUUGUUCUGUGGCAGUGUCCCACCGAAUGACAGCUCCCAGCAGUCACAUCACUGCCAUUCCUGCUGCAUAAUGGCAUGUUUGGGUGCUGCUCAUUAACCCAUGACAGCCUGAAUCAGGCAGUUGCAUCUGUCCCAGCAUCCAAAAGCAGGGGGAGGCUAGUGAAAAGCUAAAAAUGCUGAUGGAAGGCAGUUGGAAGGCAGUUAAAGAAGCCUCAUAUGUGACAUACAUGAUUACACAGGUCUGAGCAUGGACAUGUAUUAUUCAUGUCCAUGGCAUGAUGCUGUACAGAGCAUGAGGGUAUGGUGCUUUUCUUCUCCUCAUGGAGGGGUUGGUAAAGUAAUGUUUGUGACACAGAUCUGCCUUCAGGUGGAAGAUAAGAGAAUCUCUAGCUUACACAGUGUUUCUUCUUCUGCAAAACUUGCGUGAGACUCUCAAUAGGUGCUAGCUGGUAAAGUAAGGAAUCUUAGAAGUACCACAUUUAGGCAGUCCCUUGAUGUUGCCUAACCAGGGGAGUCCCAUUUACAGCUGUGGGAGAAAACCUGCAAAUGAGGCUGCAGAAUAAGCAACUAAUGCUGUGUGGACCAGAUGUGGGAAAAAAAAAAUACACAUUCCAGUCAGAGGGGAUGACAACAGGCAUUAUAACUGGAUUAGAAGAACUGAGUGCCAGUGGGAGCUGGAGAGAAUUGUAAGGUUUGGUGUGGAUGUGCUGGAAUGGAUGGGACUGAUUACAUGUGUGCAUCUGCUCAGGGUAGAAAAUACUUUUUGUUAAAUCACAAGUAUGGGGACAAGUAAAUUCUUUGUCAGGGAGCACCUGCUUAAAACAUUAGUAGCACAUGUCAGCACUUGAUAUGUCCCACUAUUCUGCAUGUCAUCUUUUCUCUCCAGUACCUGGGCAUUCUUCUGGUAGGACUGCUGCUCUUCAAAAAGUGUUCAGAGUCUUUUCACCACACUCAGAAAACCAGGGAUGCUGAAUAAGAACUGCCUUUUGUAAAUUCCCUUUUUGGAGUAGAUGUUCUUCCCCUUUAACAUCACCUCCUCACUCCUUUCUCCUCUAUUCCUUUGUAUCCACAUAUACAGAUACCAUACUAGAUUCUCAGAAUUGUUAAAGCUGCGAAGUAGCUAUAUAGAACAUCCACUAUACAGAGCAGCUGUAUUUUCCUGCCAUAUCAAUUAAUAAUGUACGUUUUCUUCAUAGGCUUUUCAGAGAGGCAUUCAGAAGGAUGAAUGUGGACAAGUCUAUAUUUUUUCCUGCACUUUAGCAUAAUCGCAUCUGCCUGCAAAUACAGGAUGUGAACACUGCAACACAACAUUAAGAAGGGCUAGAAACUUGGAUUUUAAUAAAGGGGGAAUUUAAACUCAGCAUAAUCUCUCCCAGGCGUCAAAGAAGUGCUGCUCCCUGUUGUUGAUGUAGAAGCAGGAGAAUGGAUACAACCCCUUGAGAAGCAGCAAGUUUAUGAGCCCUCUGUGCACCUUCUUCCACUCUGCACAGUGCCCACAGUCAGCCCCCCUAGACUGUGUCUCCAGAAGGCUGGCUACCACAGUCCUGAGGAUACUUACUGCAUAAGGAAAUUUUUGAAAGUGCCUCUAGGGUUGAGAAGGGAAGAGUAGGAAAAAGGUUGGGAAUGGAUGUGUUUGUUUUUUUUUUUUUUUAAGAGGGAUGCUUGAAAAGGGGAGAUCUGUGAUGGAUGGCAUGUGUAUGUCCCUCUAGAAGGCUGGGGUUUGUUCCCAGAGCCUGUGUGGACUCCUGUAAUGCAAUAGCAGGUCACAUAAACGAAUGGUGAUUGCGAGUAAAGGCUAAACGUGACCCUUGUGGGAAAAGAUCCCUGGAAGGGACUUUUACAGGUAGGAAGGAGGGCACACACAGGACCAGCACGGUGAAUAUAAAAAAGUACAGAGGUGAGUGAGCAGGCACAGGUGCUGGCAAGUUAUCUGUUUUCUGUUGUGUUACUGGUUAUAUGCAUAUGAAGCACAGCUGAGUGUCAGUGGAUGCCUGUGACUGGCCCUAUGAAAGGGACAUGCUCACUGAGCAGACUCCGAAGGUAUUUGUUGUGGUGGUGCGGCAGUUGAACACACCCUGAUGAGGUCCAGAGCUUUCAAUAGGGCAACUGGUGGCUCUUUAGCACCUUUUGUGCCCCACUGUGGCCAUCCUCCCUUAUGCACCUUGGUGGAUGCCGACCAUUAUGUCCCCUCCCCUGGGGGCACACUGAACAGUGAUGUUCACCUCCUCCCCAGCUGGGGGAUAAAGGAGGAGCUUAGUCAAUAGUCAGGGUCCUCAGCCAACAAAGUGCCCAGGCCCAGAGAAGCUUCUGGACCGUGCUCAUUAUUGCCACAGUCAGAUCAAACCAAGCUAUAAAUGGCACCCCUGCUGAAGACCCGCUUGAAGUGGUCUUCUCAGAGCAUCAGGACUGUUAUCAGAGCUCUACCCUUAGACUGGGGAUGCCAUCUAAGGAGACUUAACAGGAUUGUGUGUCCCCACUUUCUCCUUGGUGAGCGAUUAUUUCUUCUGGAUAUAUCCUCGAAUGAGUCCUUGGUCCCACCUCUGGACAAGUGAUUAUUUAUUCUGGGUAGCCUUGAGUGAGAGAGGCUUCUCUUUUGAGUGAGUGAGAACACGCUGUGGAUCAUCAGUCUUUUGUGGUUGUAUGGUAAUAAUAUCCCCAACUGGUACAUCAAGCAUGCAGUUUAUUAAGUGUUGCCAGGGUGCUGAUAGAUUUUGAAUUACCCCCUGGCUUAUAUUGGUUUCUGUUGUAGGGUUUCGGUCUGUUCUUUGGUUUCAGUUCCAAAUCAAAGCUGGUUUAAGCUUACAUUUGCUUAGAGUGGUUUUCAGGUGCCUCCAUGACAGAUGGUCAAACACCACAGUUCAUAGGGUGCAAGGUAUUAAUUUUGACUGACAUUGCCUACAGGAGAUCUAGAUUAACUUAACUAGGGAUAUUUUCUCUUGAAAUAAAUUAUUAUUCUUGAGGCAAGAUUUGGAGGGAGAAUAUCUUUCUUUAAAGGAGCUGACAGAACUGGAAAAACAGAAUAAUUUUCCAUUGUGCAAGCCUUUCCUCUGGUUAUAAUCCUUGACAUGCAUUGGUAACAAAUCAGCUGUUAUAUGUCGGGGCGCUCAGGUAUGCCUGUAUUUAUUGCAGAGUGUGCUAGUCCUAAAGGGUAUUAUACAACAGUUUGCGGGUUUGAUACAUUAUUCAAUUAAAUAAUUGUGAAUCAAAGGGCUGUUAUUUUCAAAUGGCUGUUCUAGAAAACUUACCUGUAAUUUUGCUUCUACAAAUUACUUGUGUGAGUAAAGUGGUCCUUUACUUCACCCGCACAGGUGAAGCGAUUCUGUGCUCGGUUCUCAGAGGUACAUUAUAGAACAUGUCAUGGGCAAAUCAUCACUUACAGUAACUAUUUAAUAUAAUUACAGUUUUGUAUUUUGGCACUGUUUUUAUUAUCUUCAAGCAUAUUUCGUAGGCAGAGGUGAUGUUUUAAAUUAAGUGAAAACCCACUAAUCUCAGUGAAUCUAGGUAAACUAUUCAAUGGAGCUGUGAGUACCACCAUAAGGAUUCAGUAAAAAUGUCACUUCAGGGAUGCCAACUGGAAGGCAAAAUAGUUUUUCACUUAAUUUAAUUUUGUGAGAAACCCAGAAACUCCCCAAGGUCAGGGUGGUGUAUAUAUAUGUAUAAAUUUUCAUCCUAGAGUAUUUGUAUAUAUAUUUAGUAUAUUUCACUCUAGAUCUUGACUAGAAUAGAUGAGUCCAUGGUUUGAAUAUAGAAAAUAAGAUCUUAGCAUUGAUUGUAUUACUAAACUGUAACUGAAGGCAUUGUGUAAAGCUGCUUCAAUUCCUUUUCUCUAAUAAAAUGUACAUCUAUUAAAUGUAUCAGCCUUGU